AUGGCUGCUCUUCGUUCGGGUGGAGCUACUGCUGCUGGAUCAUCUCCAAAUGGCAUGUCAUCACCACCUCUUGCCGGUGCGAACAUAGCUCCGCGGCAGACGGCGCUGGCCAAUCGACUUAACUCCGCUCUAUCAGCGUCCUAUGCGGACUCGGAGAUCAGAGAUGCUCUUGAGACGUUGGAUAGUAGGGAGAUUAAAAACACCGCAGAAACCAGGAGAACCCUUCGACUUGAUGUCCAGAAGGAAGUCAUCGAUUCCAAUGGCAAGAUAAUACAGGAUUUUGGGAAAGUUGCUGAGCAACUGUCUCGAAUCGGUGAUGUAAUAGCCAACCUCAAUACCAUAUGCCAGGACAUGCGGAAUCGCCUUUCAGUAGCUCACAAGGAGACUGGACCGGUACUCGAAGAAGCAUCUACCCUGACGGCUCAGAAAGAGGAAGCAGAGACGAAACAGGCCCUGCUCAAUGCAUUCAAUAAACACUUUAUACUGCCGGAGGAGGACAUCCAAGUCCUAACUUCUCCGUCAGAGCCUGUGGAUGAUCGAUUUUUCAACAUCCUAGGUCGGACGAAACAAAUACACAAGGACUGCGAGGUGCUGUUGGGCAGUGAAAACCAAAAGCUAGGACUAGAGAUCAUGGAGCAGAGCUCAAAGAACCUCAACUCCGCGUUUCUCAAACUAUAUAAAUGGAUCCAGAAGGAGUUCAAAUCAUUGAACCUCGAAGACCCACAGAUUGGAGGAGCAAUCAGGAAGGGAAUCCGGGUGCUUGCUGAGAGACCGAGUCUGUUCCAUAGUUGUCUCGACUUCUUCGCUGAAGCUCGUGAAUAUAUCCUGUCUGAUGCAUUCCAUCAUGCUCUUACGGUAGCAUUGUCCAGCGAGGCAGCGGACGCAAAUACCAAGCCAAUUGAGUUUUCCGCACACGAUCCACUACGAUAUGUGGGCGAUAUGCUUGCCUGGGUGCAUUCCGCUACCGUCUCCGAGCGAGAAGCCUUAGAGGCCCUCUUCGUUUCGGACGCGGACGACCUCGCAAAGGGGAUGGAGGCAGGUAUCAAGAGCGAACCGUGGUCUCGCGGGGAAGAAGGAGAACCUGUAUUUGACGGUCAAAAGGCGUUAAAGGAGCUCAUCACACGAGAUCUAAGCGGCGUUGCUCGCUCGCUCCAGCAAAGAGUUGAACUAGUUGUCCAAGGCCAUGAUGACACAGUUACUAUAUACAAAGUGGCUAAUCUUCUUGCUUUCUAUGAAACGACGUUCAACAAGCUUGUAGGGGCCGAUUCGGCGCUGGUAGAUACGCUUUCGUCCCUGGAGCGCUUCACAAUGGAACAUUUCGAAAGCCUGGCUCGAGGGCGCGUGAAGGCUGCUUCGAACGAUGCUGCUGGCCUGCUGCCCCCUGAUGACCUGAGCCCGCCAGAAUACUUUACAGAAUGCGUCGAGAGUCUCGAGCAGUUGAUGAAAGCCUACGACUCAUCUUUCAGCCAUGCGGUGCUUAGCAGGACGUCUGAGGGCAGUGAGGAAGAAAACAAAUUCACGUCCAUCCUUCAAUCCACGCUCGAUCCGAUGUUGGAACUAACUAGGAAAUCCACCAAUUUGCUCAAGGACAGUUUUUCCCGAACGAUAUUCGAAACGAACUGUAUCCUUGCUGCGCGCACAGCGGUGUCUGCGUACGAGUUUGCGUCCUCGACACAUCUAGCUACCUUAUCAAAUACCCUUGCAAAUCUACGGGCCGAGCUACAUAAAUUCCAGCAUGAUUUCUUGCUAGAGAAGUCAGGGCUGGAUACGCUUCUUCGUGCCCUGGAGGCAUAUAACGCACAUAACGAGUCGGACGGCAGCAAGAACCAUCUAGACACCAUUGCGAAGUUACCAGAGUUUCAACCGGAAGCAUUAUCAGCUGUGAGUCAGCAGCUAGAUGAUUUCCUGCCUGCAGCACUGGUUGAUGCAACUGAUAACCUAAAACGGGUGAACAAUGCUGGACUGGUGAAGGGGGUUACAGAGGAGGCAGUGGAGGCGUUUGCGAGCGACUUUGAGUUUAUCGAGGGGAUGAUUGUUGGUGCUGAUGAGGCAAAGACGAGCGUUGGAGGUAAAGAUGAAGAAGAAGCUGGUGAAGAAGGGAAUGAAGAGGAGGAGAGGGAAUGGAGUUUGAGAGCAUUGUUCCCGCGUACAACGGGGGAAAUUAGAGUUCUUUUGAGUUAA